CCUGCGGCUCGGGAGAGUGACAGCUCCCAAUCGGAAGUGACUGUGGAAGCUAAGGCGGCCAUAACUGAUGAUGGCAAGGGGAGUUUCCGCGCCUCCCGUCUCCAGCGUGACGUCGUUUUUCCGUCGCCCAGAUCUCACCGUUGCCCUGGGCAACAGCGGAGCCGUCAGCGGAGCGCUGCCUCUUUCCUUCUGUAGGCUUGAGUCAAGAGUUGUCUGUCAUCUUGGUGAUAACUGGAUGGAGGCCUAAAUGCUGUGGGGGGCAAGACCUCAAGAACUUUCAGGAAAGAACUUGUGUCCAGAUUCAGCUAUGGCGGAAGUGAAGUCAAUGUUCCGAGAAGUUCUUCCAAAACAAGGGCAGUUGUCUGUGGAGGAUAUAAGCACAAUGGUGCUGUGUAAGCCCAAACUUUUACCCUUAAAAUCUGUGACUCUGGAAAAACUGGAGAAAAUGCAGCAAGCAGCACAGGAUACGAUUCGUCAGCAAGAAAUGGCAGAAAAGGAACAGCAAAUAACUCACUGAGUAACUUACCACUUCUGUAGGACACCUAUCUGCUGCUGAUUAAUAGCUAGAAAAUAAUCUGCAUCUGUAGCUGAAAGUAUGUGUGUAAUAAAACUGAGUGUUCAUAUAAAUAAUGUAAGAAUGCCCAACACUAAUAAAAUUUGUAUUGUAAAAUUUGUAUUGUAAAUUUAAACAUUCUGGUUUGUAAAUUUAAACAAUUUAAAAACUUUGAACACUCUUUUUUUUUAAACCCAUUUUUAGAAUUGCAAAUUAUUGCUCAUUAUUAUGCCCAAAUGACUAAAUGCAACUUUUAUAUUCAGAGAUGACAUACUUAAUAAAAAUUGAAUUCAAAGAUACACAUUCUAAGCUUAUGUUGUGUAAGAUUUUUAAAACUUUUUCCUGAAUUUUGUGUCAUGUCACUUUUAAGGCUAUCUUGCCUGACCAAUUGAUCACAAUGUUUAAAGACAAAACUCUAUUAAAUUUUAAGAAAGUUUCACCCAUCCAAUAGUCCCCUGAGCUUUUAAUUAUACUGAUUUUAAGGAUUUAGGAAUUAAUACCUUCUUCAGGUCUCAAGCAAACCCUGAAAAUAUUAAUAUGAACUUGAAAGAAUCCAUGAGGUAAAAUAUGAACAUUAAAUUUGGAGUUUUGGUUAUAAAAAACUGUACCUAAAUGUGUAUAGAUAUAUUACUAAGUAUACCUUUGUAAAUUCUGAAUGUUUCUUGCUUGGUUUGCUGCAGUCAAUAAGCAACAAUUUAAAUUAGCAUAAAUCUUGAGGGCCUGCUGACUAAUUGGGGUCUGCAUGCAAAACAGGUUAGAAAUGUGAUCAUUUAGAUGUUAUAUUGGUAGCUACUUCUUUCUCAGACACUGGAUAAUGUAAGACUUGAGUCUUUGAAGAAUAAUCUUUUUAUAACACUGUUACAGAAUUUAAGGAUUAUGAAGGUGUUACUGUGUUUUAGAAAUUAAGCUCUACAUAAGAUCAAAAAACAAAGUGUACAUGCAUUUUACUUAGUAUAAUAUUAAAAGAACUUACAACUGUACUUUUGAUUUAAAAGUUUACAAGGGACAAAGCUUAAAUUCACUAAGUUCUAAUAUGAUUUAAAAUGUGCUAGGUAGAAAAAGUUUAAGUGAUCUGAAAUAAACAAACUCCCAAUAAAGAAUCAACACUGC